CCUGAAAUCUCCCCUCCACCCCCCACCCCGAAUAUCUCCGCUAUCACACAGACGACACAUCCCGACUGGCUGAAGAGGAGGAGGAGGAGGUGGUGGAGGGGGGGAGGAAGAGAAAAAUGAAAAGUUGAAUGGCUACUAGAAGACACCUGGUUGCGUCAGGACAGGAGGGGUGACAAGAGAGGAGCGGACGAGCCUUUCGAAGCGCACCGCUGCGAGAGAAAAAAAAGUUAGGAUCAAGUUGAUGCACCGGAGGGGAUUUCAGUUCCGACGUCUGCGGGACAGCGAGGGGAGAAGCGCGGAGUCGGCGCUGUCUGUGAGACAGUGUAGUGAGAAGGGAUUUACUUUUACCGAGCGAGCCGUGUGUGAGAGACAGCACACAGACACACACACAGACAGCGAGACAAGUCGACUCGUCCCGCGGAUUGGAGACCUGAAGAGACCGAAAAACAACCGCACACCGAUCUUUUUUUUUCUUUUAAUGUGUCAAAAAAUCUGGAGAAGUCGUCAUUAGCAAAAAAAAUAUUUUUCUACUUUUAUUUUUAAUUCCCAGGGCGAUGUUUUUGUAUUUUUAUUUUUUUUUACGGUGUCACUUUUUACUCAGUUAACCACCGCUGUUAUUAUCCCAAGAGGCUCAAAGUGUGGCACGCCAGUUUAAAAAAAAACGAGUCACCACGAUCUUGGAUGGGUCAGGCCAUGUAAAAUUCUGCGUGGAUGCCAGCAAACCAGAUAUCGGGAGCUGGCUGAAGCACAUCCAGUUUGCCCCUGCAGCCAAGCAGCACAACCUGACAGCGUGCCAGAUAGAUGAUCAGAUAUUCUACAAAGUCACCAGAGAGAUUUUUCCUGGCCAGGAGCUGCUACUUUUCAUGAAGGCUGAAGAGUAUUCAUGUGAUACGAUGGCUCCUGAUAUUCAUGAGGAGAGGCAGUACCGCUGUGAGGAUUGUGACCAGCACUUUGAGUCCCGAAACCAGCUGCUGGACCACCAGAAGAAGCCGUGUGGGAUGCCCCCCUCCUCCUUCCUGAACCCAGGAGGCGACAAUGACCUGAAAGCCCAAGAACCUCAAGACUUGCGACCCCUCCACAUGUCCCAAGGACUACACGAAUGUAAAGAGUGUGACCAGGUCUUCCCUGAUGUUCAGAGCCUGGAGGCCCACAGCUUGUCCCACAGUGAGGAGAGAGAAUAUAAGUGUGACCAGUGUCCCAAGGCCUUCAACUGGAAAUCGAACCUGAUCCGGCAUCAGAUGUCGCACGACAGUGGCAAGCACUACGAAUGUGAAAACUGCUCAAAGCAGGUGUUCACAGACCCCAGUAACCUCCAAAGGCACAUUCGCUCGCAGCACGUCGGGGCGCGUGCUCAUGCCUGUUCUGAGUGUGGCAAGACGUUUGCAACGUCUUCAGGCCUCAAACAGCAUAAGCACAUCCACAGCAGUGUCAAGCCCUUCAUGUGUAAGUCACUAAGACCCUACCUAUGUGAAGUCUGCCACAAGUCCUACACCCAGUUCUCUAACCUUUGCCGCCACAAACGUAUGCACGCUGACUGCCGCACACAGAUCAAAUGUAAGGACUGUGGGCAAAUGUUCAGCACCACCUCUUCCCUCAACAAGCACCGGCGCUUCUGUGAAGGGAAGAACCACUUCACAGCAGGAGGGCUGUUUGCCCAGGGUAUGCCACUCCCUGGGGCCCCCGGCUUGGACAAAUCAGCUCUUGCAAUGGGUCACAGCAGUGCAGGACUUGCUGAUUAUUUUGGGGCUAGCCGACAUCACAGCGGACUUACGUUCCCUGCUGCCCCAGCAUUUCCUUUCAGCUUCCCUGGCCUGUUCCCCUCUGGACUUUAUCACCGGCCGCCACUCAUUCCUGCCACAACUUCUCCUGUCAGACAGCCAUCCCACGCACCUGUUGCUGGACCUGGAGUAGAGCUGAGCAAGAGUCCUUUGCUGCCUCCAAGCCCUGGUGCUCAGGAGUCUCAAGAACUUCUCAAAGCUCUCCGCAAAGACGGCGGUUCACCUGGAAGUCAAAUGCCAGUGUCAGACAGCCAGGGCUCAUCCUAUACCAAGCAAAAGAACAAGCAGAGUGACCAGUCUGAAAGCAGCGACCUGGAUGAUGUCAGCACACCCAGUGGAAGUGAUCUAGAGAGCACGUCAGGCUCCGAGCUCGAAAGCGACAUGGACAGUGAGAGGGAGAGGGGGGCUGCUAGAGAAAACGGAAAAGGUCCAAAGAGGAAGGCCAGUGAAGGAGGCCCUCAAAGCCCCGGCCUGAUGGGCAGCAGCGCUGCUAAAGACUUUCCAGGCCCUUCCCUCAUCCCGUCCCCGCUGGACGAACACACAGCUGUAACAGGAGCUGUGAAUGACUCUAUUAAGGCCAUUGCCUCAAUUGCCGAGAAGUAUUUUGGCUCCACUGGGCUAGCUGGCCUACAGGACAAGAAGGUUGGGUCUCUUCCCUAUCCUUCUAUGUUUCCACUGCCUUUCUUCCCAGCGUUCUCCCCUCCGGUUUACCCCUUCCCAGACAGAGACCUCAGAACUGCAGGCCUGAAGGGGGAGCCACAAUCACCUGCAGAUGACUGCAAGAAGGCCCAAGGGAAGUCUUCAUCCGAGUCCCCAUUUGACCUCACCACCAAGCGAAAGGAGGAAAAGUUAGCAUCCUUUGCAUCUUCCAAACCAGAAAUGGCCCAAUCUAUGGGUCAGGAUCAGCCACUAGAUUUGAGCCUUGGGGCCAGGGGCCGUGGGCGUAAUCCAAGAGAGGAGGAGACGAAAAAGAAUCCAAAUUACGAAGAGGAGAAAGGAGUGGUGGAGAUCCCAAAAGCAGACACUUCCUUACAACAUGCUAGGCCCACCCCUUUCUUCAUGGACCCCAUCUAUAGCAGGGUUGAGAAGAGGAGAAUGAGCGAUCCGUUUGAGACUCUGAAAGACAAGUACAUGCGACCCGCUCCGGGCUUCCUUUUCCAUCCACAGUUUCAUUUGCCAGAUCAGAGAACUUGGAUGACUGCAAUCGAGAACAUGGCAGAGAAGCUGGAAACGUUUGGCUCCUUGAAGCCAGAGCCUGGUGACCUGCUGCGCUCGGUUCCCUCCAUGUUUGACUUCAGAGCUCCGCCCUCGGCGCUUCCCGACACGCUACUGCGCAAGGGAAAGGAGCGCUACACAUGCAGAUACUGUGGAAAAAUAUUCCCUCGCUCUGCCAAUCUGACACGCCACCUGAGGACUCACACAGGAGAGCAACCGUAUAGGUGUAAGUACUGUGACCGCUCCUUCAGCAUCUCCUCCAACCUACAGCGUCACAUUCGCAACAUCCACAACAAGGAGAAGCCGUUUAAGUGCCACCUGUGCGACCGCUGCUUCGGUCAGCAGACAAACCUGGAUCGCCACCUCAAAAAGCACGAGAACGGCAAUCUGUCAGGAACUGCAAUGUCGUCCCCACAGUCUGAACUGGACAGCAGCAGCGCCAUACUGGAUGACAAAGAGGACUCUUAUUUCAACGAAAUAAGAAAUUUUAUCAGCAACACAAGCCAGAACCAGACAUCACCGGACCCCUCAGAGGAAGGGCUAAAUGGCGGUCCAUUUGAAGAAGAAAAGCCACUGAUGGCCAGCCAUAGGUCACAUGACCUGGAAGAUGAGGAAGCGGAAGAGUUAGGUGCGGAUGAAGAAGAAGGGGAGGAGCCUAGCAACACCCCUGAAAAAUCAGAAAGCAAGGUGCUCCAAAGCGACCUCGAUGAUCCCAUCAUACAAGACGAAAUGGACUUGAGUGAGCCAAAUGACUUGAAUCUCAGCUGUAAAACUUCUCCAAGGAGGUAUAAAGACGAGGAGGAGCAGAGCAGCUACUCAGCCUUGGAUCACAUCCAUCGCUUUACUGAAAUGCGCAAGCUGGACGAGAGCGAACUGAGUGACGGAGAUGGGGAUGGGGAUGAGGAGGACGGCUCAUUUGGUUCCCCAUCUCUGACUGAGGCAGUCAAACAGCCGCUCUUUAGGAAAUCAAAGUCUCAGGCUUAUGCCAUGAUGCUGUCCCUGGCUGAAAAGGACACUCUUCACCCAGCUACCCACACCCCAGCCACCAUGUGGCACAGUCUGGCACGGGCUGCCGCUGAAUCCAGUGCCAUCCAAUCCCUCAGCCAUGUAUGAUGACACCUCUUUGCACCUACCUUUUCAGCUCUCAACCCGACCCUGAUCCACCUAUGGCACUGGCAGUCCACUGCAGGGGCUAUUUUGCAGGAAUCCCUGAUUGUCCACAGAGUGACUGCUGAGCAGGAACCACAGCCCACCCGACUGCUGAGUGAGGCGCCUUACCCCCAAAACACGGCAACUGCCCAUGCAAAAUCCAUCCCAACCCAAGCCCCCCCCCCAAAAAAAAUAUUCCUCCAGCAGAUAGAGAGCAAAAAUGUCCCUCUGAGACCCUAAAAUUGAUUUGUUACAUUGACACCAACCAGGAUGUGGUGAAAAUAAUAAUGCUAAAGUAAUAAUAGCCGUAUUUAUUCUUCUGAAUUUCUAUGUUUUGCACAGCAAAGGCAGCUGAAAGUUGUGGGAAGUGGAUAUGCUGAUUUGUCGUCACUCGACUGAAUUUUCUGGCCGGCACAUACAAAGCAAGAAGAACAUUUUACACCGAGAGUAACGCUGGUGGCGUCUAAGACAGCUGGUUUCAGCCUAGCAUGUUUCACAGUGUGUAAAGCAUAAGAACCAGAACGAGAAUUCCCUUUGAACCCCCGGAGAGAUCAACAGGUGUUUCCCAUGAAUACAUGAUGAUAAAACAUUAAAAGGUCGGGCGAGCAACCUCGGUUCAGAUGAAAAUCGUUCCAUGUAAGGAUAGCACUGGCGGUGCUUUAAUAUCACUGAACUGAAGUACAAACAUAAGAUAGCGAUUGCUCAACUAAAAUCAGGCCAGUCUCCCAUCUGCAUCUUUCAUAGCUGUGUGUGUCUGCACAAUCAUAGCACUGUACACAAGUGUCUGACAACUGUUGUCCACUGCACUCCAUCCUGCCCACCUGCGAUGUCUGUGAAAGGAUAUAAAUAGAUUGUCUGUUUAGUGGAAGAGAAGAAAACACGACGAUUUUUUUGCUUUGUUUUGUUUUGUUUAAUUUACUGAAAUAAGUAUCCAGUGCUGAAGUUAACUGUUGUUCUGUCGAGGACAUAAGUCUUUUUCAAAGCCCUUGAAUCCAUCCUAGUCCACCAACAAUACCACUAAAUAGCCCGAAUGCUAGUUGUUAGCUACUCCAUGCUUGUGUGUCUUUCAUUUUUAGACAAUCACGAUUUUGUUUUUCAUUUUGGUUUCUGUUGGUGUUGUUGUUGUUAUUUGCUGUUGUAUUUUGAGAAUUGUAUUUAUUUCUUGGCAAACUGUAGUUUGUUUACUGAAUAGCACUGCUCUUAGCCCGGGCAAGGGGGAGAUUCCCAGCCGGGCCAAUCCCACAGUUCAAUGGGGUUUGUAGAUUACAUUUGAGGGCCGGAUAGUAUUAAAACAUACAAUUCACUCCUUAUUCUACUAAUGAAAUCAGUUGAUGAAUAGAUAUUACUUAGGGGUUUUUUCUAUGACAAUUUAUUGAUUCAAAUGUAAAAAAAAAAAAAAAAAAAAAAA